CGAGGUGGCUGCAAACUCGCGGGCGCGCACGGCGCUCGCGGAGCCCAGGGGCUCGGGGGAGGGCACGCGCGCGGAAGGCGCCAGCUUCCUCCUGCCGGCCCUGGCAGCCGCCAGCCGAGGUCGGAGCUCCGGGACUCCACCGGGUAGAGCCGAGCGGCGGCGGCGGCGCUUGCUCUUCCCUUUUCUCUCCCAGCCGAGCCUGGGAGCGCUCGGGGACCGGCUCUAAAAAGAGCAGGAAAUCUGUUUACCGCCCGGGGAGAACAGCCCAUCGACCCUUUGUCUGGAAAGUCGGCAUCUCCGGCUGAGGCUGCGAUGUGUUCCUGGUGACAUUAGUCCUGGGCAGACUGGCAGGAGGAAGGGGGGUCGCCCGGUUCAGCCCGGCCUUAGGAGGCGGAUCGAGCAGGUGACUUUUGUGCAUUUGUUUUAAUUUGCUCCCCCCCCCCCCGCAUUCCCUCUCGCCUGCUGCCAGGCAUGUCCUGAGCUGGCGGCACAUCCGAGCCCAGCCGUCUCCAACGGGUACCCUCCUCGCUCCCUGACUUUGCAACACCGCGUUCCAGGAGGACCGACCUCGGCGAGGAGGCAGGCGGGUAGCCCCACACACCGGGACCCUAACCCUGACAUGCUCCCGGGAGAACCGGAGGAAGCCAGGAGCUGAGCGCAGCGCCCGGGCUGCUACACCGGCCGGCUCGAGAGUCCUGCCCUGCGCCCGGGCGGCAGCCGCGUCGAUCUGGGGGCACCCCUCUCCCCGCUUCCCGCCCCUGGGCUCCGCGGUCGGCUGGACCAUGCUGCUGAAGGAGUACCGGAUCUGCAUGCCGCUCACCGUGGACGAGUACAAAAUCGGACAGCUGUACAUGAUCAGCAAGCACAGCCACGAGCAGAGUGACCGGGGAGAAGGGGUGGAGGUCGUCCAGAACGAGCCCUUUGAGGACCCUCACCACGGCAACGGGCAGUUCACUGAGAAGAGGGUGUAUCUCAACAGCAAACUUCCUAGUUGGGCUAGAGCUGUGGUCCCCAAAAUAUUUUAUGUGACAGAGAAGGCUUGGAACUAUUAUCCCUACACAAUUACAGAAUACACAUGCUCCUUUCUGCCAAAAUUCUCCAUCCACAUAGAAACCAAGUAUGAAGACAACAAAGGAAGCAACGACAGUAUUUUUGACAAUGAAGCCAAAGACUUGGAGAGAGAAGUAUGCUUUAUUGAUAUCGCCUGUGAUGAAAUCCCAGAACGCUACUACAAAGAAUCUGAGGACCCUAAACAUUUCAAGUCAGAGAAGACAGGACGGGGCCAGUUAAGGGAAGGCUGGAGGGAUAGUCAUCAGCCCAUCAUGUGCUCCUACAAGCUGGUGACUGUGAAGUUUGAAGUCUGGGGCCUUCAGACCAGAGUGGAACAAUUUGUGCACAAAGUUGUCCGAGACAUUCUGCUGAUUGGACAUCGCCAAGCUUUCGCAUGGGUUGAUGAGUGGUAUGACAUGACAAUGGAUGACGUCCGCGAAUUUGAACGAGCCACUCAGGAAGCCACCAACAAGAAGAUCGGCGUUUUCCCUCCUGCGAUUUCUAUCUCCAGCAUCCCCCUGCUGCCCUCCGUGCGCAGCGCCCCGUCCAGCGCGCCGUCCACACCCCUGUCCACAGAUGCACCCGAAUUUCUGUCUGUUCCCAGAGAUCGGCCCCGGAAAAAGUCUGCUCCAGAAACUCUCACCCUUCCAGACCCCGAGAAAAAAGCCACCUUGAAUUUACCUGGCGUAUACUCUUCUGAUAAGCCAUGUCGGCCCAAGUCAGAGUAACCUCCUAUGAAUAUCUCACGGGGUUUUAUAUUUUCGUUUGGGGUUCUGUUUUUGGUUGUUGAAGGAAUCUUCUGGUGUAGGAAAGGAUUGCCUCGUUGCUCAGACAUGUCCCUUUGAUCUCCAAGUGUGCAUGUGGUUAAGUAACUUCACAAAUAGUACGAAUCCCUAAGUAUGUCUCACAGCAUCGUGGUAGAUGUAAGACUUGCAAAACAACAAGGAAUCUUCUAUAGGCACCACCGUCAGCCAGGGUGAAAGCAUUUGUUGGGGUUGGCGUGGACUUCGAGGGUGAAUCUAGGGAAGUUUACGGCAUCUUUGCCAGGUGUGCUGACAUAGUGAAGGCUCCUCCUUCCCUUCAAACCUGAAAUUCUCAAAAAUACUCUCAGGCGUCAUGUAUCUAAUCAUUAAAUUGUGAACUGCUGACCACCAAUACUUGAAUACCAAUGGUUACUGAGAUUCCUAUUUUGGUUAGUCUGACUCAGGAUUUGGGGCCAACUUAAACUCUUUAAAUUUUUGAAAAUUUUAAUUAUCAAUCUAUAAAGGCUCCAAGUGCAAUUAAUAACUUAUGUAUGCCUUCCACAAAAUUUAAUAAAUAUUCCACUUGUAUCUGUCUUUUAAUAGCUGUACCCCCUUGUGCCCUUGUGGCCUCAGAAAUCUUCAAGAAUUGCACGAGUGAUUAUGACCAUAAGUGAUUUAUUCAGAAUGGCUUAGUUUAGAGACCAAGAUGCCCAGGUGAGACAAACAUCUCUUUCCUCUACAGGUACCAACCAACACUGACUAGACAGAUUCCGGCAUCCUUUAAGAUUUCUCAGAGCUUGCAAUUAACUGAAUAGAACUCACUAACAGUUUGCACAUUUGAAGAAGUUCAAGAAUAGAAUACACUCACUGGGCUUUAACACUGUCAGAAUAUCUGGUGUGUGAAUCAUGAAAAAGAGAAUUAUCUCCAGGUCCCCUCCUGGCUCUACUCUUAGAGACAUCCAGACCUACCCGGGGUGAGUUGCUGCUACCAGACUGUAGAGAAGACUGCCAUUCUGUUUCUCCUUCCUUGAAAUCCCAACAGUGGGGGCUGGGUUGUGGCUCAGUAGUAGAGCACUUGAGCUUGUGGAAGGCCCUGGGUUCAACCUCCUGCACUGCACCCAAAAAAUGAAAGAAAUUCAAAUUUUGGAAGUGGGCAUGAUGGUGCACAGCUGUAAGCCCAGCACUUGGGAGGCUGAGCCAGGAGGAUCACUGUGAGUUCAAGGCCAGCCUAGACUGUGUAGUGAGUUCAAGGCCAAUAGGAACUACCUAGCAAGACCCUGUCUAAAAAACAAAAACAAAAACCCACAAACAUUGGGAAUAUUGUGGAAAUCAAGUAAAUACUGCCACGUGGGAAGAGAAUGAGAAAAAUUGCUGACUCUUGUUUAUAAAAAAGGGGGGUAUUAAUAACAAAUGUCCCUUUGCCUUGCUUUCCUUUUGGCAAGUAGUGGGAAUGCAAGAUUAGAAUCAAGGUUGACAGAAGGUAAGAUCUUUCAUCAGAGUGACAGAGAAGAGACUCUCCUGUGGUCUAAAGAGAGAAAUCUGUCGUGAUUGCACCUCACUGCCUUUAAACACGGAAGGGAGAGCAAGCAGAGUCUCAGCCCUGACACUGUCCUUCGAGACGAGGAAAACGAGAUAACUGGGCAUCUCCAGGGCCCGUGCCCUACCCAGCCAGCCUUCCUGGCCAUAGCCUCCAACCUCAGGAAAUGGACCUUCCCAAAACACAGAUUCCAAAGGAAACCAAACCAACCAAGGAGCGUGUGCUCCUAUCCUCAGCCCCUCCGCCAGGGGGCGCUGCCUGCCCCGCCCAGCGCUCAGCACCCCGUGUAGUCUUUCAGGUCGAAACACUCUCCAAGGUGCCGGCGCUGGACCCAGGAGCCCAGCACCAAAGUGUUCCGAGAGUCUCCAUCAUUUCCUUCACCUAUAUAUAGAUCGGCAUUUAGCUUACAAGGCAAACAGACCCUGUACUCAAAGGAAACCGGUUGCAUAUAGCUUAGAUCAACCCUACGCCUUUUACUGAUGGAUGAUAGUACCGUAGUAAGACGCCUUCUUUGCAUGGUAUGGAAGCAUGAAUUUGCUUGUAAGAAAAUUUAAUCUUUUAUCAACCCCCUUGAACUCAGUGGCUCCCUCUCCGUGCACUAGGACUUUUCAUGAGAAUGUUUGGCUCUAGAAAGCAAAAUUCUCCUUUCAGAAACCCUGGAGAGCGUGUAUGUAAUUGCUUACCAUUUGCAAGCUGAAAUCAGGGUAGGGAUGGGAUCGUCAUUUUCACGUAGAACAAACUUAUUUGGUGCAGCUUGUUGACAUAUCUGGCUCCUAGUUUUUCCAUGGACACCACUAUUGUUUUCCUCUUUUCAUGAAAUGGCUUUUGCUGUCAAGGUCAACAAUUCCAUGUUUUAGCUACGUUCUGAUUUCAUUUUAUGAGUUUCAUUACUUUUAUAGCCAGUAUAAUACCACAGACAUCAAUUGCAAAGCAACCCAUGACAGUGUAAUUGCUAACCCACGAAUAUGUGCUCUUUAAGUGUGUCUAGUUUUUCUGUCUACAUGUGGUCCGUGAGCAUUAGGGGACACGGGUGCAGAUAUUCCUUUAGCUGCUUUGAAUAUUUAAUCCUCAUCACAAGACAGACAACUUCAGCGUCUUACACAUCUUGGUUUCCAGCUCUCAUUCACUUUCUCCAUACAUGAAUUUGUUAUCGAGGGGCACAAGCCUGCAAUGAAUGUGUAUAUAUAACAUUAAUAAUUCUUAUCAGGAUGGAAAUUAAAUGGUUGCAUGACAGAAAUUUAAGAGAAACCAAGCAGAAACUUGAAUUUGCUAAGCAUGUUUGAGGAAAAAUAGAAUCCUUAACUCAGUGCCUCGGUCUGCAGCUCUCAGCUUUGUUCACCAAAAUUGUAUUAUACCUGUAUAUAUAUAUAAAUAUAGUGUAGUGGGUCAUACACCAUCGGUUUUAAGUAUCUGGUAGCCAAGUUAAAAUAGGUAAUCCAUAGGCUAAUACAUACGUCCAUCCUUCUUCAUCUCUGAUGUUAGCAGAAACCAUCAAAAUGAUCACGAGCUUUGUCACUCAGGAGGAUUUCAAACGGUCCCUGUGCUUUUCGUUGGCUCUACUGUAGCAUUCUCGCUUUGGCUGUGUCUUCCUGGGAUAAGAAGGUCUCUUACCGCAUAACCUUUGUCAGAAGUCACCUGUGAAGACCAUUCCACUUUUGAGCUAUAGUAAAAUGAAGCAAAGAAAAAAAAAAAAGAUAACAAAGAGGCUGUGACAUGUUUAGUUGUCGCUAUUAGAACUAAAACAAUAUGAGUUUAUUGGUGAACUAAUUUACAAACCCUCCUAUUAGGGUUUGGCAUCUAUACAUGAGAAAGCAGUUUUAAUUUAUUUAGAGGUUGAUAUUAGCCAUGUUUUGGUUGUGAAAAUAAGUAGCAUAGUUGAGCUAUGGAAUGAAGAAACUUCAAGAUCCAGCAGUGCUCCCAAAAGUAAUUAUGUGGUUUUAUUUCAAGGCACUGUAACAAACUGAACCCAGAGACUAGGUUGUGACACAUCUUGAUGAAUCAUUUUUCAGUGAAAGGUUCAGGAUGAAUGUGUUUCUAAGUUGUACUUUCUUUUUAGGCUGGGGAUGCAGCUCAGUGGUAGAGUGCUCGCCUAGCAUGUGCCCCAAGUUUGAUCUCAGCAUAGCAAAAUAAAAAAUAAUCCUACUUUAUGGCUCAGACAACAGAGUGAUAGGUGACUGGCUGGCCUGGGUCAAUAGGAAUUUUAUUUUUGAGAAGGGAGAGAAUAUAACUGACUCUAUAUAAAAUGUAUAACCAGAUAAUCCAAUAAAGGAAAACUAUGUGAUUUUAGUGCUUCUGGUCACCUGACUCAGAGGGCUAGGUAACAGUUGGCAUCUGAGCCAUGGUUGUUGAAAUUAAGGGGGAAAAAAAUCCUGUGUAGUGGCUGAAACUUGAUUAUCAAUAAACUGCUUUCAGCUGUGCACUCUUGCUGAAACAAGCAUCAGGUAACAGCAGCGCUGGUGUGCUGGGGGGAAACAUCUGGGCGCUUCCCUGUUCUAUUCCCUUCAGAAUAAUCUGUUUGCAUUUGAAAUGAAACUGUUGAAGCUUCAUAAGAGUUAGUGCAAGAGGAGAAUGUGGAUCUGCUGAGAGCUUUUCAGAUGCUAUUAUUAAUUGUCAUGUUGCUACGAUGUGAACAGAUGUUUGGGGGUUUUGUUUUUAAAGUCCUGCCUGUUGGGUUGGCAGUCUCUCUGUAGCACCACAGAGACAAGAGGUUCUUUGAGUUGAUCUUAUCCCUAUGUCAUUGCUGUGUAGCUUUAAGUGUAAUUUGUAGCAUUUACGUUUCAAACUGGGCUCUUGAUUGGUUAAGUUAGUCCCAACACCACUGCCACUGCCGAAGGACCAAGCGUCGGAGCGCCCGGUGUUACAGAGGACCAGCGGAGUGAGCCAUCACAUACGCCCUCCUUCUGUGUCAUUUUCUGGCUGUACUGUGUCGUUCCCCCGUCCCAGUUAUUUAUUAUUGUUAAUAACUUACCUUUUCUUACAUUCUGUUGUAAAUAAAGUACAAAGCAGUCUUUCCAA